CGUGCCAAUAGAAUAAUACUUUUUGUCUUCGUCCGUCGCUUCGAUUGGCUGUCGCUGAUCACGAAUGUCGUCUACUUCGACGCAUGAGGCGAUAUCAGCUGAUUAUUGUGACUGGAGCAAACAAACAGUAACGAGCAAAGGAUAUUUCUGUUUUGUUAGAUCAAGACGGGACGGAAGAGCAAUUGUUCGCCGAGUAAUAGCUGAGUUCAUUUAAUUUCCAAGAUAUACGUAUUUCUUUUCUGCGAGAAUCCGUCUGUCGUUUUAAAAUCGUAGCCGCAACAAACAAUGCGCCUGGCAGCUCUCCUGAGCGUGAUAAUUGUUCUCUCGCUCACCAUGCAACUGGUGAGACCCUGGCACGCCAAAACCAAACAAAUAUCACCCGUUAUUUUAGUUCCAGGUGAUGGGGGCAGUCAGGUCGAGGCAAGGAUUAACAAGUCAUCAGUGGUGCAUUAUAUCUGCGCAAAAAUAUCCGACGAUUAUUUUAACUUAUGGCUGAACAUGGAACUGCUUGUACCUGUCGUGAUAGACUGCUUUAUAGAUAAUCUUAAAUUGAACUAUGAUAAUGUGACAAGGACCACUAGUAAUCAGCCUGGAGUAGAUAUAAGGAUACCGGGAUGGGGUAAUCCAUUUGUAGUUGAAUAUAUAGAUCCCAGCAGGGCCUCGCCAGGCUCGUAUUUCAAGGACAUUGGAAAUAUGCUGGUAAACGAUUUAGGAUACAUCAGGAAUUUAUCGAUACGUGGUGCACCUUACGAUUUCAGAAAAGGACCUAGUGAAAAUGAAGAAUUCUUUACUAAAUUGAAAACUUUAGUCGAGGAAACGUAUAUAAUGAAUAAUAAUACGCCAGUGACGCUACUGGUUCACAGCAUGGGUGGACCUAUGACUCUUAUAAUGUUACAACGUCAAAGUCAGAAAUGGAAGGAUAAAUACAUAAAUGCCUUUAUCACACUUAGUGCUGUAUGGGCAGGAUCUGUCAAGGCUAUUAAAGUAUUUGCCAUUGGAGAUGACUUAGGUGCAUAUUUUCUUCGUGAAAGUGUAUUAAGAGACGAACAGAUAACGAGCCCAAGUCUAGGAUGGCUGUUACCUUCAAAACUACUUUGGAAAGACACAGAGAUUUUGGUGCAAUCGAAUCAGAAAAAUUAUACGUUGAGCAAUUUACAACAAUAUUUUAUAGACAUAGACGUUCCUAACGCUUGGGAAUUCAGAAAAGAUAAUGAAAAAUAUCAAUUGGAUUUUACGACACCAGGUGUUGAAGUACAUUGUUUAUAUGGCAACAAAGUGGACACAGUAGAAAAGUUGUAUUAUAAACCAGGUACGAGUAUAAAUGGUUACCCUAAAUUAAUAGUUGGAGAUGGCGAUGGAACGGUGAAUAUAAGGAGUUUGGAAGCAUGCACACUUUGGCAUAAAUCACAAGUACAAAAAAUUUAUAAUCAAAGUUUUCCUGGAGUAGAUCAUACUGAGAUCUUAAGAAAUCCUGAUGUUUUGGCAUAUAUUAAGGCAGUUUUAAAAGUAUAAUAUGAUUUUUAUUAGUAGUUUUAAUGAGAUUCAAAAGAAUGACAAACAGAAUUUAGUGACGUCAUAUAUUCUUGUAACAUUUUUUGCUCUUGCUACCGACGAGAUAAUAGUAUUUUGUCGGUGCUAAUCUUGAUACGAAUUAAUAUUAAAACUUCAAUAUAAAAUGAUUUUAACAAGAUUAAAAGAUUUCACUAAUUUCAUGAAGUAAAUUUAUUUCUUGAUAAUUUAUUGAUUAAAAAAUACAACAGCGUAAUUGAAAAUAUAUUUUUAUUAACUACAUUGUUCAUUAAAAUAUAUCAUUACAUAACAUAGCAGCAAAUAUCAAUUGGGAAUAUUAUAAAGUGGUGCAGUUACAAAAAACAUUUUCUAAAUGUCAAUACUUCCACUCAUUUACUGGCAUAUAGCCAUGCUCUCAGCCUAUAAAUAUAAUACUUUUAUCUCCUCCUUAUGUGUACAUAUUUAUAUAUUCAGUAUAUAUUAUCAAUUUUUAUAUUGCAUGAUCUCACAUGAAACAAAGAGUGAUCAGUUUAACAUGACUAGCGAUAUACAGUAAUAAUAUGCUAUAUAUAAAGUGUUUCUAUAUUGUAUAGUAACAUAUUUUUUUAGUCGCUGAUGCAGCACAAUUAGAAUAACAAUGAAAUUCAAGUUUCUUAAGUUACUAGUCAUAAAUUGAUAUUAUAAAUAUAUACUGAUGUAUUUACCGAUAUAUAUAUCGAUAUAUUUACACUGACUCAUAAUUGUGAUGAAUACUCAUAAAAUACUCAUAAAAUACUAAAGAAAUUUAAUGUAAAAAAUAUUCUCUUAAGAAAUCUGGAGACAUGGUAGUCUCGCCGCCAAGCCAAGCAGUGACAUUACCGUAUUUCCUUACGCGAACCGAUGAUAUUAAUAAACGUUGAUU